GAGCGUCUUUUAUGCCAAACCAGAGCACUGCCUCGUAAUAGUGGAGACCCCAGGGAUCGUGGCUGCUCAUGUCAUUGGUGGCCAUAACACACAGCUCCGCGCUCAAUUGAUUGCAUCCUUCUUAUAUUCUCCACGUACCGUGACACGUGAGUCUAAUUCGCUGCGGGAGUGACUGGGGGUCGACACGAGAUUUGGUUGCAUUAUGUCCUUCUCCCCCGGCCCCCAGCUUUCCUCGACCGAUUUUCUCGGUCAAGAUAAUGUACAGUAUUGACAGCAUCCAUCUCCCACGGCCCCAGUCAUGUCUACGCAAUAAGCCGCCUCUGUCUCUUUUUCUUUUUCUUUUUGCCUAUGUUUUGUCCACAUGCAACUGUGCGUGCUCAUUAUCAGGUACGAAAUUCGUGUUCAAACUUGACCUCGCGAAAGGUGGUGCCAACACCCAUGCUGGGCGUGUCUUGGCCCGCAAGCCAACCGCUUUCAGGGCUCAGCCAGGUCGCAACCCAACAAACACGUGGUUCUGCUGUAUGCCAUGCUCCACUUACACUUCAAUGCCUGCCUGCCUGCCUGCCUGC